UAGAACUAAAAAGCUUCUGUGAAUUGAAAACGACAGUGGGAAUUUCUGCUGCUUCCAUUGAAAACUUAAUUCUGAGUCUGCUAUAUCUUACCUUUGGGGGGAUAUAUUGUUAUGAAGAAUGGAGACUUCAGUGAGAAACCACCAUGCAAAGGAACAUAAAUGCACAAGAUGGUAAUUAACAGCACAAACAGUAUGAGAGUAAAGUGCACUGAUCUACAAAUGCUGUUUCAGCAAGUCCUCUUGGCAACCACCUAUAUCCUUGGGCAGGAGUUGUAACUCUAUAGCUCACCUUGAUGAACAUACUGAGAUAUUCAAGAUGGGCAGCAAUAGUACCAGCACUGCUGUGAGUAAUUGCAAUGCUACUUGUUUGACAUUUCAGUACUCUCUGUAUGCAACCACCUAUAUCUUAAUAUUCAUCCCUGGUCUCCUGGCUAACAGUGCAGCCCUGUGGGUUCUGUGCCGCUUCAUCAGCAAGAAGAGUAAGGCCAUCAUUUUCAUGAUCAACCUCUCAGUGGCGGAUCUCGCUCACGUCCUGUCCUUACCUCUCCGGAUUUACUAUUACAUCAACCGUCACUGGCCAUUCCAGAGGGCCCUUUGCCUGCUCUGCUUCUAUCUGAAAUAUCUCAACAUGUAUGCCAGCAUUUUUUUCUUGACAUGCAUCAGCCUUCAGCGGUGCUUCUUUCUCCUGAAGCCAUUCAGAGCCAGAAACUGGAAGCGUAGGUACGACGUGGGCAUCAGUGCUGCCAUCUGGGUCAUCGUGGGGACUGCCUGUUUGCCACUUCCUAUCCUGAGAAGUGCUGGCUUAGCCAACAACAGUGAAUCCUGCUUUGCUGAUUUAGGGCUUCAUGACAUUAGUAUGGCUUCCUCCAUUGGCAUGGUAACUGCCGCUGAACUUGGAGGGUUUGUAUUGCCUGUUGUAAUUAUUACAUAUUGCACAUGGAAAACAAGAAAAUCUUUACAGGAAUUCCAAGAUCCACCUCAGAAUAUUAAAGAGAGGAAAAAGGCUUUGAGGAUGGUCCUAAUGUGUGCAGUGGUAUUCAUAGUAUGCUUCACUCCUUACCAUCUCAACUUCCCAUUCUUUAUGAUGGUGAAGCAACAUGUCUUCUCGAACUGCUCCUUUAUUAAGAGCACUCUGUGUUUCCACAUCAUUUCCCUGUGUCUUGCAAAUCUGAAUUGUUGCCUUGAUCCGGUUGUGUAUUAUUUUAUGACUUCGGAAUUUCGUGAUCGGUUUUCAGAACAUGGCAGUUUGGUCAUCCAGUCAUGUGUGCGAUGUAAGGAUAGUACUUUGGAAAUUCAUCAGAGGAACGAGAAUCUUCAGACUAUCUCUCUUGAAUGUUUGGAUGCUCCAACACAAUGUGAUGAGAUAAUUCUCUAGAAUAACCUUUAUACUCUGUCAGGUUAGCCAUGCCAUUUCAAAGAGAUACUGAGUGUCUUAAAGAAACAUGGCUACUUCACUCAAAAUAAUCUGUCUACUGGAGUUCUUUAUGCCAAGAACAUCUGUGGACCUUCUGAGAAAAAGACUUCUUUUCACAGAAAGUGAUAAUCAACAGAAGGGGUUUCACAUCUGUUCCUCAGUAAUGGGGACAAUCAUCUCAUCUUCACCCGAGAAAAGCAAAAUACAUUAAAAAUUAGUGGACAUGUACAAGUUAUCUAUACAGUGACAAGUCUACAUCAGAAUAUGGCCCUAACUUUAUUUAGAAAACAUACACUACUUCUCCAAUUGUAUUACAGAGGGAUGGCUUUUCAUAUUAACAUAAAUUAUGGAAAUUAACAAUAUUAUAACUUAAAAUAUCUAUAAGAUUUCCUUUUUCUCACCUUGAAAAAAAAAUCAUUUCAGAUGACCUUCUCAAAAUUACCAUGGAAACUACAAUGCAAACACCAUAAACAGGAUUGUGCUCUGCAUAUUUAACAAACUUGAGUUUAAAGGCUCAAAAUGAAAUCUCUUUGCCUAAAUGUCUGUUUGUGAUGUGAUGCAUAUUUGUGUUUACUGGCACUAAUUGGGAAAUAGUCUCAUUUAUCUGUUUAUUAAAAUCAGCUGUGUCAUUCUCUGGCUAGGUUGAUUGUUUCAUAUGUAACUUCAGACAACUUCAUUCAAUACAUUUAAAUCAACAGAUUCCAGAAGAAUCACACAAUACAUGCAGUUUUCAUUUUGCUAAGACUUAGUUGAACCUAAGUUUUUAUAAGCAAAAUAUACCAAUGAAAUGAAUUGAAUCCUAUCAUUAAUGCAGAACAAACACUGCCAUUCCAAAAAAAUCCCUGUUGUUGCAUCAUUAUUAAUAUAAAUCUUUCCCACUGGAAAUUUUGAAGCUUACUAUUUUCAAAUAUUGGGUAUCAUUAAAAUGAAUUUUUAUAAAGCAAUAGUUAGUUUUAUAAAAUUACUAUUUUUGUCUUGUCUGUUUUUUGAAUAGCCUUUAAUUUUUAUUAUAAUUUUUUGGUUAGCAUAUAAGGGAAUGGAUUUCAUUGUGAUAUUUUCAUAUACAUACAUCAUUGUACUUUCUUAUUUACUCCCCACAGCCUUCUCUUGACUGCCUUCCAAUUCUUGUUCGUGCCUUCUUCUUCCUACAUUCUUUUUUCUGCAUUCUUGAUACAAAUGUUACCUCUUGAAUUUGAUUACCUCCCUUAUCACACUUUGCAUGUGUCCCUUUUCAUCUCUACUUUCAUGUUUCAUGUGUGUGAAUAUAAUAUUAUUAUUAUAUAUGAUUAAAAAUUUCAUAUUUGUCUGGUUUAUUUUUCUUAACAUACUGAUCUUCAGUUUCAUUCA